AGUACGGCAAACCGAGAGGGACAAAACACAGAAGGCAUUUUGCUUAAGACAGUUCUGCUAACGAGUUAGCAAAAGCUCCUUCCUUCGGUGACUUUAGUUAAUUGAUCUCGCUAGUGCUACACAGGUCACCAGGUCUUUCAUCACAAUGGGGGUGAAAGAUCGCCCUCAGUGUUACUUUGAUGUGGAGCUCAAUCGGGAGCCUGUUGGGCGAAUCGUCUUUCAACUCUUUUCUGACAUGUGUCCCAAGACCAGCAAAAAUUUUCUCUGUUUGUGUACUGGUGAAAAGGGAGCCGGCAAAAUAACAGGGAAAAAGCUGUGCUACAAAGGCUCCACGUUUCACCGAGUUGUAAAGAAUUUUAUGAUCCAGGGUGGCGACUUCACUGAAGGAACCGGAAGAGGAGGCGAGUCCAUUUAUGGUGGCUACUUUGAAGAUGAGAAUCUCACUCUCAAACAUGACCGGGCCUUCCUGCUGUCCAUGGCCAAUCGUGGGAAAGACACCAACGGUUCACAGUUCUUCAUCACAACCAAGAUGGCGCCGCAUCUUGAUGGAGUCCACGUCGUCUUCGGCCUCGUCAUCUCCGGCUUUGAGGUGAUUAAGAAGAUCGAGGGCCUGAAGACCGAUUCAGCAAGCCGGCCGUAUGCUGAUGUGAGGGUGGUGGACUGUGGACAGCUGAUCAUCAAGUCAGCAAAUGAUGUUCUGGAAGGCAAAAGGAUCAGGGCAUCCCAUUCUGCUGACUCUUCACUCAACUCCUCUGACUCGUCAUUCCCAAGCUCCUCUUUCGGGGAGUCCGACUCUGAAAAAUCCAGACGUCGCAAACAUAGGAGACACAGAAAGAAUAAACACCCCAAAAAGCGGAGGAAACUGCCCAGUGAAGAGAAAAGUGUUGACUUUGAAUUUUCCAAACAAAGCUCUGACAAGCUCAUUGAAGAAGAGAUAGGAAAUGCUGAUAUGGAAGGCGAGAAGGAGCACGGCGGGAAGAGAGAAAAGCCCGUCGUCCGACCGGAGGAGAUCCCACCUGUUCCCGAGAACCGUUUCUUGCUGCGGCAGGACAUGUCAGCCCAAGAGAACAAAGCUGAGACAGCUGAGAAGCAAGAAUCUACUCUUGAAGCUGAACAGAAACCAGCGGUCUCAAAGUCUGGACGGAAGAUCAGAGGCAGAGGAACAAUUAGGUACCACACGCCCACUCGGUCUAAAUCUCGAUCUGCAUCGGUGGGCGAGCGAGGCAGCAGUGAAACUCCACCCCACUGGAAAGAGGAGAUGAUGCGGACUAAAGCGUAUCAGCCUCCGAGUGUUGAACGAUGGAGCAAAGGAGACCAAUGGGACAACAGAAGUGAGUCUGCAUGGUCAAGGUCCUCCGAGCGUUCGUCAGGCCGAAGUUCGGAGAGGUCCAGCCCGCCACGGCUAGCUAAAAAAAAGAAAAGAGCCAAACAUAAGAAGAAAUCUAAAAAACGUAAGCACGGGAAGAAGAGGAGCUCCAAAAGCAAACAUCAAGAGCCUUCAGCAUCAGCGGGAGAAAGGUCCCCCUCUUCAAGAAGGUCCAAUGUCAGAACAUCUCGCUCUAGAUCUUGUUCAGGUCAGCGUCACACGAGAGGGCGGUCGUCUAUCUCCCGAUCUUACUCCCGAUCGCGCAUAUCCAGUCGAUCCAGAUCUCGGGCGAGGUCUUAUUCCAUAUCCAGUUCUUAUUCACGAUCCAGAAGCCCAUCCCGCUCUAGAAGUCGCUCCCGGUCUCGUUCUAGAUCCCGGUCCUAUUCUCGACCUCGAUCCAGACACAGGUCCAGGUCGUUCACGCCAAGCCGAAAGAGGAGUUUAUCCAGAUCUCCAAGAAAGCAGAAAUCCAGCAAGUCAAAAGCAGACAGCACUAUCCAUAAACCCGGGAAGCUAUCCGAUAGCAAAGUCAUACCUGCAUCCAGAAUGCCAACAGUCCCAGCUCCAGAAAACGUCGCUGUGAUCCCACUCAGCGAUAGCCCACCUCCCUCCCGCUGGAAGCCAGGUCAGAAGCCCUGGAAGCCAUCCUACAUCCAUACCCAGGACAGCAAGGUCCAAAUGCCUUUGUUAAAUAUUUCUUCUGUGGGACAAGCUACUUCAGAGAAUGCUCCAAGCUCGGUUCUGGAGAAAUGUGAGCCGAGUGAGUCACAGAAGGACAAGAACGUCACACAGUGCUCGCCCAGCAGAUCCUCUAGGAGCAAGUCCCACAGCCGCUCAAGAAGCCGGAGCGUCAGCAAGUCCGGCUCCAGAUCCCGUCACAGCAGCGCAUCAGACUCUGCACGCUCGAGGCACAAGAAGAAGAAAUCCCUUGACAAACAUUGGAAAAAGUAUUACCGAUCUCUGAUGAGGAUCAAGAAUAUGGACAAGUACCUAUCAGAUGCUCAAGACGUCUCGUCAGAGAAGAAAGCAGCUGUCGAGACAAGUCCUGAUAAAGCUGACGAGACAGGAAGUAAAGAGCAUUUGGGAACUCAGGAUGAAAUGAUAAAGAAUAACGCUUCAUUGCAAGUGGAUAGCUUUAAUAACAAAUCUGGAUGGGACAGUGAUAGCGAUAAAGCGAGCCAAAGCAACAGUGAUUUCCUGGCAAAGGAUCGCAAACCAUCUGGCCACAACCCUGACACGAAGAGCUCCGGCCUUACCGGGUGGAAUUCGGAUAGCGACCCAGAAAACGUAGCCACCAGGGCACUGGCGCUAUCAGAGAAAGAGGAAGGUGAAGCCAGUUCUGAAUCAGAGCGCGAAGCCGACAAAAUGGCCUCCAACUCUGCAGAAGCCGCAGCUGCCGACGCUUCCAGCCCGGCGCGGGCGAGCCCGGAGAAGGCUGCCAAGCCAGAGAAGCACAAGAGCAAGAGGAAGUCCAAACGGAAGCGCAAACACAAGAGUAGAGAGGGCAAAAGCGGAUCUCAUCGCAUGAAGGACAAGAGCAAGCGACCCAAAAAGAAACGUCAGAAGCUGAAGGAGACUUUUCAUUGGCAGCCGCCCUUAGAGUUCGAUGAGGAGGACAAUGAAGAUGACUCAAAGAGGGAAAAACAUAGCCCAAAUGCUGCGGUUUUAAAGAAAGAACAAAAUUCUUCAAUUAAUAAUCUUAAUAGAGAGGAAAACAAGGUUCCGCUGAAGGUAAAAGAAUAUAAUAAUAAAAGCACCAAACUGUCCGAGCCUCAUCAUCAGCCCUCUAACAGGAACAGUGCUAACUCAUCCGGUGUCAAAGAGCUAAACUCUCUGGAUGAUAUGGACAUCUGUACUCCCGAACAUGACACUGGAACCACAGUUGAAGCUGAAGUGGCUCAGACCCCUGAAAAAAUCCUAAAAACUACCUCCAAUUUGCCCGCCAAGGAAAGUAAAAGUGCCCCGCCUCAGCUGCAAAGCCCGGAACAGUCCACCACAGAUACGGCCAAGCCAACCAGCACUGCCAUUAAUUUCAAAUGGAGGCCCUUGAAAGGAAUGGCUUCUCUCCAGAAUGUGAACACAGCGCAGCUCAUGACCAAACAUAUGCACGCCCAGCAGAGCCAGAUGUCCAAUGUUCAUGGAGUGCGAAUGGAGAUCAAGAGCAAAAACAGGGUCCGACCAGGGUCGCUCUUCGACGAGGUCCGCAAGACGGUGCGGCUCAACCAAAGGCCGAGGAACCAGGAGAGCUCCGGCGAGGAAAGCUCCCCCUCGGCCGGAGUAAGCACAGAUAAUUCCCCGAGAAAGUCACGCUCAGCUAACCGGAGGUCACGCUCGGCUUCCAGUCAGCGAUCCCGAGACUGGUCGCACUCCUACAGCAGAUCCAGGAGUCGAUCACGCAGCUCCAGCUACUCUUCCAGAAGUCGUAGCAGAAGUCGAGGAAGACACGGGCGCGACCGCUCUCGCAGCAGCACAUACAGAAGCUCCAGGAGCCACAGCCGAACAUACAGUAGAAGUCAUACCAGAAGUCGCUCCUAUAAUUACCGCAGGAGAUCCAGGUCCGCCUCUUACGAGAGCUAUUCCAGCCGGAGUCGAAGUGUGAGCCGGAGGCGAGGGCGCCGCAGAAGCGACAGCUAUCGCAGUUCAGACCGCAGAUCACGGUCCUCAUCCAGUCGCAGUUGGUCCGGGCGACGAAGUCGCAGUCGGAGCAGCCGUUAUAGCUGAGACCAAUCAUUGUCAACGACCCACCACUUUCUGUUACAGGCCAGUUACUCCAAGAGGGACGAAGGCUAUCACGCCAUUUUGCACAGUUGCUCCAUGACUGUGCUACAUGCUUGGAAAUUAAUUCACUCGAUCAAAAAGAAUGUAAUGUACAUAAAACCAAUGAAGAAUGGCUUAGUCAUAGACAAUUUGUAUGGUAAUCAUACUUAAAGGGAAAAAUGUUUAUCAGAAAUAUGUUUGUUAGUGACGUUUUUACUUUAAAGUUCCAGCUUUCAUGCGUUCGGAUUGGUUGGCAGUUUUAAUCAACGUUGUUGUUGUUGUUGUUUGGAUGACUCUCAUGAGUUUUGUAACUGUCUUGAAAGUAUGGAUAAUAUUUUGGGGGGUUAUGAUCAAUGGUGAUAUUCAAUAAAUACCAAUGUCGCUCCUGAGUUUCUAAA